UUGUGAUAGGCAGGCAGACAUUUUGAUUUGAAGUUGUGACGCACGCGAAAACGAGAAUGCCUUUGAACGCGGUUGGCUGGAGCAACGAAGAAGAUCAAACUUUAGCUGAAUUAGUGCAACCUCACAGUUAUUUGUACAACGUUCUUGAUCCCUCGCGAAAGAAUAUUUUAGCACGAGAAGCUACAUGGCAGAAAAUAGCUCAAGCAUUGGACAAGCCAGUUGAAGAAUGCAAGAAGCGCUGGCGAGGUCUACGAGAUGGCUACAUGAGGAGCAAGCGGAUGGGCACCAUGCACAAAACCAAGGCACCCGUGUUCGAAAAGAUGCAGUACCUCGAUGAGACUUCAGUGGACGGCACUGAGACGGUGCUGGAGGAGGCUGCCAUGGAGGACGAGGAGCAGCAGGUACAAGAGGAGCAAGUUGUAACGGAACAGCAGGUCAUUACUGACAGCCAGGAGUAUUAUGAAAUCACAGUUGUGGACGGCCCAACAGAACAACACCAGCAGCUAAAGCAGCCACUCUUCAAAAUAUUGCCAAAAACCGAAAUAAUGACCAACGAGCCCCCUAAGAAAGUGGCCAAGAAAGCCGGCAGAAAGAAAUCUGUGCCAAUGCCCCGUAACAUACAACCAAUCAAGAUUCUGCCCAAACCAAUACUCAUGAACGGACCAAAACUCGUCCGAUACGUGGAAGAGCCAAAAACACCUGAGCAAAGAAGCCAGACGGUGGACAAACUUAUUGAAAAGGUGCUAAAAGAGAACACAAACGAAAUAGAUGUGUUCUUCAGAAGUAUGGCGGCCAGCGUAAAGAAAUUACAGCCAAAUUUAAUACCUAAAGUGAAAAUGGAAGUGUGCAAUGUCAUUGCUAAAUAUGAGAUGCAGAGUUUUGACAGAAACCCACAGAGUUUUUAGGUUAUUUGUGACAUUUACAGGAUGUUUAAGACUGUCAGUGGAGUGAAUUGUUUUAGUUAUUGUUAGCGUUUAAGAGUUUUGAAAUAAUUAUUUUACAUACAAAGUAUGGAGCUCCUAGUACCUAUACUGUGACUGGAAAGUGGUAUUAUUGAUCCCGUUUCUGAAUAAAUGGCAUAAUAUAUCUUA